AUGAAUGGAUUGAGUGACUCAACAGGAAAAACAUUUGUAUUAGUUUUUCCAUGGAAUAAUGAUGACGAUGGUCUGAAAGAAUCGUUUUUGGCCGUUGAUUUAAUAAAUCAUUCGAUGGAGAAUAUAACUGUUGACUUGUAUUACAAUGAACUUGAAUUUAUAGAAAGGGAUAUAAUUUUACGGCCUUUUCAUAUUACUAUUACCAUUGAAGAAAUGAAUUAUAGGAGGCAUAUAUUUAGCAAGGCUGUUGUUUACAAAUAUAUUUAUGGAGGAUUCAACCGAUAUCCAGAUUUGAGAAUUUUUAUUCGUUCUUCAUUACCUAUAAACGUUCUUGCAUAUAGUUUUGUUGAAGGCGGCUCUGUAUUACCUGAGGAUAUGGCUGGUAAAAACUAUGCAUUAACUUUACCCGCACCACUCGUCAAUUCUGGUUCAGCAAUAAUUUGCCUAUUGCCCACUAUUAGCGAUACUAACGUGAAUCUCACAAUUAUUACUUCAGACUCAUUUGAAAAUUAUUAUAUUGGUUUGAAAGUUGAAGCUAAUAGAGAUGUUGUUAUCUAUAGUAAAAAGGAAAGUUUCACUGUUUAUGCGAAUGGCGAUGCCCCUUUCCAUAUGAUUGUGGCUGUACAAAAUUUGCCUGUUUCUCCUACCUCAACAAUUACCGAUUUCGGAAUGUUGAUGGUACCACCAACAGGUCUAUCAACAGAUGAUUCCGGAAAGGAUGACACUCAUUUCUCGCAUUUCUCAACAACCAAAAGUUUUUUAAUAACACCGUUCGCGUGGACCAAAUCGUCAUUCGAAAUUGUUGGGACAAAUGGCAAUUCUUCAUGGCAUUCAGUUGAAGGCGGUCGAAAGCAAAAUACACAUUCUUUUAACAGUAGUAAUUUUGGUAUCGAAUGCGCCUUCUUAUCGCGAUCUAAUCCAAUAAAUAUACUUCGAUAUGGAGGCUAUGGAUUAUAUUCUGAUGGCUUUGAAGGAGGAGCCUUCCUUGACAUUAUUAUCGGUGAUGAAAGAAUGAUGAAAACCGUCUACUUUGAUUUCGCACUUCCAUGUUGCUUUACGACGCUUGAAUACUAUGGAAAAGAAGCUUAUUAUCUGGUUGGAUCUGUAUCCGAAGGCUUUCAUACUUUUAUGGCUGGAGGGAAAUAUAUUAUUAUUGUUUCUGGUGAAUUCAAUAAUACUGCUUUCGGCUAUGUACCAGUAUUGAAUAGAAGAUUGUGA